AUGGAUUGCAACUACAUUCUAGUGACUGGUGCAACUGGACUGGUCGGGUCUCAUGUUGUGGACAACCUAUUGAGGAAGGGUUACAAAGUCAGAGCGGUGGCAAGAUCAAAGCAAAAGGCAGACGCUUUUCUAUCAGCAAGAGCCCAGUACGCCUCGAAGCUGGACUUCUACUUUAUUGAGGACCUUACCGACCCAGGCGCUUUCGAUGAAGCCGUCAAAGACAUCGAUGGCGUCAUCCAUGUUGCCAGUCCUCUCAAGUACGACAUAAAAGAUAACGAGAAUGAUGUUGUCAUUCCCGCACUGAAAGGCGUAAGGUCAAUUUUGGAUGCAUCGGCCAAGUCAUCAGUCAAGCGCAUUGUCUUGACCUCGUCGUUUGGCGCAGUCCUCGAUAUGGGACGGGAGGAAUCGACUCCUUGGACAUACACCGCCAACGACUGGAACCCAAUCAGCUAUGAAGAGGCAGUGGCACCCGAUGCAACACCGCAGGACGCGUAUCGUGGCUCCAAAACAUUGGCAGAGCAGGAAGCUUGGAGGUUUGUAACAGAGCAUAAGCCUCAAUUCGACUUAGUCACGUUAUGUCCUUCCAUGAUAUUUGGACCGUUGGCUACAACUCCUCGAUCAAAGGACGACUUGAACGAGUCUAAUAUGAUGCUGUGGCGGGUGGCAACGGUUGGAUCAUCUGGAUCCUUGCCUCCCUGUCGGUUCAACUUCUGGAUUGAUGUCAGGGACUUGGCUGAGAUUCAUGUCAUGGCCUUGACAACUCCGCAAGCUGGCGGCAAGAGGUAUAUCCCCGUGGCUCCGGAGCCAUUCACAUACCAGAAGGCUUCAGAAACCAUUCGGAGCACUUAUCCAGAUUUGACGCAGAAGAUUGCGACCGGCAUACAAGAAGUCAAAACUCAUGUCCAGGUAGACCCUGAACCGAUGAUGAAGGAUUUCCAAGGGUUGAAGUACACGUCAUUCGAGAAAACAGUCACAGACUUUAUGAGCCAGGUCAAGCAUCUUCUGUAA